UUCUCAGAAGUUUAAUGGUUAUGAGAAGAGAGAUUUCUUGUAGGAGCAGAGAUAUGAGGAGGGAGAGGGGAGGGGGGAGCUCCCCAGACUGCCUUGGGAAGUGUGAGCAGGGAUAUGAGUUGUGCAGGAGGAAGUAGGAAGAGAUGGGAGACAAACUCAUCUUAGUUCUGGAAAUCAGAGUCUCAGGCCAGAGAGAGAGAGAGAGAGAGAGAGAGAGAGAGAGAGAGAGAGAGAGAGAGAAUAUGAGCGCUGGCAGGUCCAGACUCUGGCCCUAUCCCAUUCGACUUUGGAGUUUUAUAUUUGGAGGCAGUUUGGAAGGCCUUCAGCUGAUUGGUCAUUAAUCCGGUGAGUUAUUGUCUGUUAAACAGAGGUCACUGGGAGAGAGACAUCCAAUCUGUCAGGAGAGACCUGCGCAGUCACUCUCAGCGGCUGGGCCCCAGUUCCUCCCGGGCCUGCUUCUCCCUCCCUUCCCCAGCACCCCCACGCCCUGCCCAGCUGUCCUAGAUUCGACCCUCUCCCUGGUGCCUUCUCUACUUUGCCCACCUUUGUCUCGACAUCCGCGGGUGUGGGUUAGCUGGGCCAGGACCAUGUUUCUAGCUGAGGCGGGACCCCUGAUUCAGAAUUGACUCAUGUGCCAGCAAGGCGCCCGCCUGCCGGUAACUCCCAACUUGGCCCGAGGCAGCCCCAUCCACUGCUCCUCAGCACGUUCAGGCGGCCUCCACGGUCACCCGAGGAGUCUUUGCAAAUUCUCUUGGUCGCCCUGUUUUCUCCUGCCUCCCUUUUCACCCUGUCGCUUGGGGUUGUGGGGAGAGUACAGCUUGGAUUUUUCUUCCACCCUAGUGGCCUUUUUAUUCUUUCGAUCCCCGUUUCUGCUGAGCCAGGUCUACACCGGUCUCUGCAGAGGCGCCAAAUCUGCGUGUGGCUGCCCCUUUGUUCCCUCCUGCUCCCGGCAUCUUGGGGUGGGGUGGGUAGGGGGGAAGGCAGGUUUGAGGAUCCAGAUACCAGGAGCGGUCUUCAGUAGCAAUUACCAUUUACAACCCCAGCUUGAAAAUUUUUAUGAAUGUUUAGAUGGAGAUUUGGGUGUGGGUGUGAACUUUACAAGACUCUGCCGCUGCAACAAAGUUGGGCGAUGAAGCUAGAAGAGUGUGGGUCUGAGAACCAGACAGGACCAGAGAGAAACAGAUCCCUAGAUGCUUCGUUGGGCUUGCAGGUCCCAGCGCCUCCACAAUCAGCCUGCGGUCGGAAUUUGGGGCAGAAUCCUUGGUCACCCCAAGGCUGAUCAUCAGAAAUCGAUUUUAACGGGGCCAGCCAAUUUGUGCUUUGUGAGAGGAGAAUUUUCGUUUGCUCUUUGAUUUUCUGUGUAUGUGUGUGGGGGGAGGGCGGGGAGAAACUGACGUGAUCCCCCAAAGGCCUGGAAGGCUGGACGGCCAGGGAUUUCUCAAGGGUGUUUAAAGUGCUCCGGGUCCCCUGGUACUGGGUACCGAUUAGGAGUGGGGGAGGGGAGUGCCAGUGCCAGAGAGAGCACUCUAGCUUUUUGGAGACUGAAGCAGAGAGAAAAGAAUGUCUAUGAAGGGGGACAUUUUCUCUAAUUUUUACCUUUAUUGUUAAUUUUUGCCUUUAAUUAUUAGAUUACACUAAGGUCUCUGUGUCUUGAUCUUUCUCUCCAUUUUCUUCAAUUUCUCUCUCUCUCUCAACACACACACACACACACACACACACACACACACACACACACACACAGUAAGUUAAGUUUCCCUGCCUUGAGUCCAGGAAGAAAUUGUUUCCUCUCCUCUCUGUAGUCUAACCCUGAAUCAGGACUCCCUUAGCAUCGGUGAAGCCCUCUCCCCUCCUCUUCUCCAGACCCCAAAGUCUCCCCUCAGACCCCUCUGGUGUCUCCCACCCCAAGGUCCUUGCCCACACUCCUCACUAUCCAGCCUUUGUCCCUUGAAGUUUGAAAGGUCCCAAUCCUGCAUCAACACCUCAAACGAAAUGGGAGCCCUCAGGGCUGCCUGUUCUACCGUCCACACCCCCCACCCUCCCUGUCCCAGUCUGGGGCAACCGGCCAGCCAGCAAUCUCCAAGAAAGGAAGAAAAAAGGCAAGAAAGAAACCAAAAUAGGAUCUAAUUGCCUCCCAAACAUUUCAAAUGGGCUCUGCCUUCCAGAACUAAGAAGUCCCACUUCAUCUCCUACCGCAUUUGGGGGCGCAUGUCUUCUGAACUUUUUCUCCAGGUUAGUUUUCUUGCUCCCCAGUUCUUUUUGCUCCCACCCCACUACACCCCAGUUCUUUGCGUAGCCAGAAGGCACCACAGUGAGUUGAGGCUCCAGGAGGGGAAUAGUCCACUGCUGACUCUGGAAAGCACCUCCACCCCCAGCUCAGCUCCAGGCCCCAUCAGCCUGCAGCCCGGGCUUGCAGGCCGGCAGCUGGCGGGGUGCCCUCCAGGCUCUCUUUUUAUUCCUUGAUGCAAAGCUUUGGAGCCACAAACAACCAGGUUUUCUCUUCUCUCAAUUUUAUGACGAUCUUCUCUAGCAACAGCUAGGAGAGAUGGAGGCUCUGAGAUACAUUCUUAGCUUUUUAAUUUUGGGGAGUGAGAGAAAAGACCCAAAGGUGCUGGUUCCCUUAAGCCUCUGGCAGCCUCCCUGGGCUGAGUCCCUGACCCACCAGACCCAAAGCUACAUAGAGUCCCACUCUGUAGGUCUCUCACCAGGGACUAGAGAUCUCAGGACAGAUUUCUUGCAGCCACAUCCUCAUGCCGCCAUAAUCACUCUCUUCCAAGGCUCAUGGCUUGAGCCCCAGCAUUGGGUCUGGCUUGGGCAUUUUCUUUUCUUGAUACUCUUGAUGAACGCAGAAAAAAAUGGCUCCCACCCUCUAUCUUCAUCUAUCCUUUCUCUCAGCCACCAUCUCUCUAGGAGGCCGUGGGAUCCUUGGGAAUAUCACAGUGAAAGCUCUACAUGCGGUUCUUGUUGCUAGAGGGUAGGGAGGCCAUGGGUACCCCAAACCCUAAUUUAGCAGGGCCCCAGGAAACCUACUGCUUCAACCCAGAAAGUCUGACUCAGGGGGCCUGGAAGAAAUGGGGGGGGGGCAGAGGAGCCCAGGAACCACUUCCUAUGGGAAUAGAAGAGUUUCUCAGCCCAAAGCAGAGCCUGUGAGUGAGGAACGAUAGGAUCUGAGGGAAGCUUUGCCAGACACAACCACCCUCUCCUGGAAGGAAGACAAUAGAAUAGCUGGAAACAGUUUCUCACCUUUGUUCUCCCAGUCCCAUCUCUCCUUGGUGCAUCCAGAUGGGAGAAGGCAAAAGCCAAAUAUUCUAACCAGGAGCUCACGGGGUAGUGGCUGGUGCUAUCCACAAAAAGUUAAGAGAACAAGUUUUCCAAGCUGCCUUGGUAGGAAAAAAAAAGAGACCGUUUGCCUCCUAUUUUAUCCCCUAAACCCAGAGUCAGCAGUUAGCAGAGUUGCAAACACUCCUGCUUUUGGGAAUGCCCUGGUGCUCUUUUUGUCUUUUUCCUCCACCCACGGGACUCGUCCCCACCCCCGACCCAAAUCUGCAGACACCUACAUUCCUGGCUCCUGUCUUCCUCCUACAGGCCUCCCCGCCCUUCUCAAACACACGCUAAGAAAAGUUUAGCUUCUAUCAUCUUCCUGACUUCUGCCAAAUCAUCAUCUUGCAGAGCUGAGAGAACAGGAGGGGAGAUUUCUCGCCUGCCGCUCGCGCUGGGGCUCGAUGUGAAUAUAUAUUAUGUCUGCCUGUUCUCCCCUCGUCGGUGGCUAAGGUCAGCGGCUCCGAACAGACCCCGGGAGGAGGGGGGCAGAAAGGGGAGGGGGGGUCCGGCGCCUCACGUGACCCCCAGGGGUGCCAAUGUCCGGUCGUGAGGGUAUCAGGCCCUUGCAAGUUGCCACCCACUGCCCGGGUUUCGCCCAGCGAUGCAGAAAGCCACCUACUACGACAACGCCUCGGCUGCACUCUUCGGAGGCUACUCCUCGUACCCUGGCAGUAAUGGCUUCGGCUACGAUGGUGCCCCCCCACCCCCCUUCCAGGCCGCCACGCACCUGGAGGGUGACUACCAGCGCUCGGCGUGCUCGCUGCAAUCCCUGGGCAACGCCGCCCCGCAUGCUAAGAGCAAGGAGCUCAACGGCAGCUGCAUGACUGCACCUACCAGUACCACUAGCAACAGCAGCAGUGGGGGCGGGGCCGGCAAAAGCGGCCCCCCCAAAUGCGGGCCCGGCUCCAACUCCACCCUCACCAAACAGAUAUUCCCCUGGAUGAAAGAGUCGAGGCAAACGUCCAAGCUGAAAAACAGCUCCCCCGGCACAGGUACCAGCUCUCUGCCUUCCUCAGCGUGCGCUUUUGUCCGGGCCAGGAAUGUCGCUGUUAUUCUAGCACCCAGCCCCGAGGCGCCCUGGCGGCGCGGCGACCUGGGGACAAUAUCAGGUGGAGGUGGCAGCGGCGCAGCUCCCCGACCUUCGGCGGCGUCCAAGCGGGCGCGGACGGCAUACACGAGCGCGCAGCUGGUGGAGCUGGAAAAGGAGUUCCACUUCAACCGCUACCUGUGCCGGCCGCGCCGCGUGGAGAUGGCCAACCUGCUGAACCUCAGCGAGCGGCAGAUCAAGAUCUGGUUCCAGAACCGGCGCAUGAAGUACAAGAAGGACCAGAAGGCCAAGGGCCUGGCCUCGUCGUCGGGGGGCCCCUCCCCUGCCGGCAGCCCCCCGCAGCCCAUGCAAUCCACGGCCGGCUUCAUGAACGCCUUACACUCCAUGACCCCCAGCUACGAGAGCCCGUCCCCGCCCACCUUCGGCAAAGCCCACCCGAAUGCCUACGCGCUGUCCUCCAACUACCAGCCCUCUCUCAAAGGCUGCGGCGCCCCGCAGAAAUACCCGCCCACGCCGGCUCCCGAUUACGAGCCCCACGUUCUCCAAGCCAACGGGGGCGCCUACGGGACGCCCACCAUGCAGGGUAGCCCGGUGUACGUGGGCGGGGGCGGCUACGUGGAUCCGCUGCCGCCCCCUGCCGGCCCCUCCCUCUACGGCCUCAACCACCUUUCCCACCACCCCUCGGGGAACCUGGACUACAACGGGGCGCCCCCUAUGGCCCCCAGCCAGCACCACGGACCCUGCGACCCCCACCCCACCUACACAGACCUCUCCUCUCACCAUGCGCCUCCUCCUCAGGGUAGAAUCCAAGAAGCGCCCAAGUUAACACACCUGUGA